GAAGCUUGUUCGUUUGACAAGAUGGAAGAGAAAAAACCUUACUUGACUGUGACUUUCAUACAGUUGAUAUAUGCUGGUAUGUUCUUGCUCUCUAAGGCUGCAUUUAAUGGAGGGAUGAACAACUUUGUCUUUGUCUUCUACAGACAAGCUGCAGCCACCCUCUUCUUACUUCCAAUUGCUAUUGUCUUUGAAAGAAAAAGAGCUCCACCACUGUCAUUCAAACUCUUCUGCAAGAUCUUCAUGCUUUCCUUAAGUGGUGUUACCCUCAGCCUCAAUAUAAAUUGUGUUGCACUCAUUUAUACAUCUGCAACAUUGGCAGCUGCAACUACCAACACCCUUCCUGUCAUCACCUUCUUCCUGGCUGUUCUUCUCAGGGUAGAAACUGUAAACUUGAGGACUCUUUCAGGGAAUGUGAAACUUAUAGGUGUUACUCUUUGCAUGGUUGGUGCGGUAACUUUAGCCUUCUAUAAGGGCCCACAUCUGAAACUUUUGAUUCAUAAUGGUUUUUCAAAACCUCAUGUUCAAGAAGAUCUACUUCUUUCAAGUACAAAUAAGUCAUGGAUAAAAGGUGUCUUCUUAAUGCUGACAUCUAACAUCUUAUGGGGUUUGUGGCUUGUAUUCCAAGGCCGUAUAUUGAUAAGCUACCCAUCAAAGCUUCUUUUCACAACUCUUACAUGCUUACUAAGCACUCUUCAAUCAUUUGUUAUUGCCAUUGCUAUUGAGAGAAACCUUUCUCAGUGGAAGCUACAAUGGGACAUGGGACUUCUUGCUGUUGUUUAUUGUGGAGUAGUGGUCACCGGUGUCACAUUCUAUUUACAAGCCUGGUGUAUAGAGAAAAAGGGGCCUGUGUUCUUAGCCAUGUCUACCCCAUUGUCUCUUAUGAUCACAGUCUUUUUUUCGGCUGUUUUCUUGGGCGAUUUAAUUAGUUUGGGGAGUAUUUUAGGUGGGAUUCUAUUGAUUGGAGGCCUUUAUUUUGUCUUGUGGGGGAAAAACAAGGAGAUAACGACUGAAGAAAAUGAAAAAGAUUGUUUAGAGGAGAAAGAAAUGGCAUGAUAGAUGUACAUCUCAAUC